CACGCUUAAUUAUCCAAUAUAAGAACCGACACAAACUCUUCUUAACACAAAAUACAAAGCACAUUUACAUACACAAACAAAAUAAAGAAAACGAAUAAGAAAUGGCCUUGUGACGAUCCUGGGUUUACAAAUUUCUCUCUCAAAUUCAAACGGAUUUUGAAGCAGUAAUUUGGGCUACACAAUGAUGAAAUUCAAAAAAGGGAGUAAGUUGAAAAUAUUGAGCAAAAAGAAGGUGCCUUUAGGAACACAAUGUUCUAUGGAAGCAUUAAGAAGCAAUGGCCCCAACUAUAUAGCUGGACAUGUUAAGUCUAAGGGUGUCGACAACCAUGCUAUGGUGAAGCAGGUGUCUGAAAAUGUCAUCAUGCCCUGCCACACUCAUUUAGACCUUUCAGGGGCUUGGGCUCCGGGUGAUGUUGUAGAGGUGUUUGAUAACAACUCAUGGAAAUUGGCCACAGUCUCUGAGGUUUUGGGGAAAAUGCACAUUCUUGUCAGAUUACUUGGAUCCUCUCAGGAGUUUAAAGUCAGGAAAACCGAUAUUCGGGCUAGACAAUCAUGGAAAGAUGAUGAUACUGCAUGGGUUAUGGUUGGAAAGGGAAGUAAAAAUUUUAAUGGAGGGGAGCUCCAUGCCAAUCUAAUUUUGAACCACAGUCACGAUUCAACCUCUCAAGUUCAGAAGACAAACUCAAGGACAACUCUGUGGAAAAAAGAUGACUGUUCUGCUAUUAGGAACCAAAAUGUUCAAGAUAACUACAAUGUGAAAAUUCUGAAGAGAUCAACUGAUUGCUCGUCUAGAGCAAUUUAUGGAGCUAACCAUAAAGUUAGAUUGAUUGAGAAAGAGGGCAGAUAUGUUAAGGUGGUUGUUGCAAAUCCAACUGAGUUACCUAAACUGCAGGUUGAUCCUGUUUCUUAUCCUAGAGAUUCUCUGGGUGAAAGACAGAGGGCUGCAUCGCUGAAUCACCGACUGGGUGGGUAUUUGGAAUUGGAUAUCAAGGGUAAGGAACUAGCAGCUAGUCCUGUUCGAGAAUUGAAUGAUGCAGAUAGCAUUAUUUGCUCUGUUGGUAGUUGCAGCAUCAGCAGUGACAACUCAAGUGAGAUGCCCUGUGAUGUGUCUGGUGGUGUGACUGAUCAAAUUGCUGGUCACUUCUGUGAUGAUCGAUCACCUCAUCAAUCGGGAUACGAAGGACAUUGUCUCCCUACCAAUGAAGAAUUGGCAGCUGAAAUCCAUAGGCUGGUUAAGAUCGAGAUCGGAGUCUUCUCGAUGCCAAGCGAUGGCGAAUGCUCGAAAGUGUUUUGAAAAGCAAAAUAGAAAGUACAUGAGGCAGAUUGCAGACCCCAACUAAAGUCUUCUCAACAAUGCAUAUAUAUAUAUAUACACAAGUAAUCAUAUGGCAGUUAAAAUAAAAGGUAUGACCUGUGGUUGUAACUGCAACACUACUGAGAUAUGGUGGAAUCAUCUUUCUGUUCAGAAAUGAGAGAGAAAUUUAGAACUGUGAUGUUUUAAUCAAAGGGUAGAGAUAUUAUUAGAGGCAGUUUCUUUUGCUUUGGCAUAAGAGCCCAAGUCUGGGAAACAUAAGCCAUUACUUAUAUUGAUUAGGGAUUAAUGGUUGAUAUUCCCAAGGGGAUCCAAUUGAAUUGUUUAAACAAAUCUCUUUUUUAUUUUUCUCUAUUUCUUUGUGUCUGAUCUGAACCACACAAUCAUGGCAUGGUGGAGAGAUAGAGACAUAUCAUAUGUAAAUAGUACACAUGAAUUUGUUUCCUGUCAAUUUGGAGGGGCACCUUCCCCCUCUUUAUUUAAAUAUCAAUUAACUAUGCA